CACUUCUCGUUUUACUGCUCUGUUUGGCACACUCAGGGGUUUUCUCCAUUUACUGGACCUAGCUACUGAGCGCUGUUAAAUGCCUGUCAGCGUAGUUAGCUUUUUAGCUACUGAUCCAACUCGACAGCUGUUUAGAUGCUGGAGUUGACAGAUUUGUUUUUAGCUAGUUAGCUAGCUGGCUAGCAAGCUAGCUUUUGUGACUUAGCCAGCUAGCUAGCUAACUAGCAGAGCGAACUAGUAAGAGCGGUUUGUUUAUAUAAUAGGCAGCUAGCAAGCUACCCUUAGCAAGCAAGGCAUUUUACUAGCUUUUAGCGAGCAAGUCUAAGCGGGUAACGACUUAGCUAGUGGGCCAACACAAACUAGAUAUUGGCUAACGCUGGGUGGGUGAAGUUGCUUGGCAAAUGCUUUAGCUAGGUAGACUAACGUUAGAUAGUAUAGCUAAGUAACUCGCUACUUAACUUCACCAUAUAUAAGUAUCUAGCUAUCCAGCUAAUAAGCAUUACAUUGGAUUUUUGUUUCUGCCAUGUAUUCGUAGUGUUACCGAAAUCUGUCUGGCUCUAACUGUAAUUCCGCCACCGACCCAGGCCUUAGUCUUGGCUAGUCUGCGGUUUUGUUUCAGCACUAGGCCGGAAAACAGCACGCUAGCAAGCGAGCUCCGUUCGUCGUUUGUGUUAGCAAAAGCGCAACCAAAUCAGUAAAGCUACGGGUCCGUCAUGGGUGAUAGCAGAGAUUCACGCAGCCCGGACAGCUCCUCGGUGUCCUCCCCCCCCUCGGCCCAGUGCUCGCCCCCGUCGGCAUCCAUGGCCUCCCUGCCCCCCGUCACCUCGGCGGUCAGCAGCCCCAUCAGUAGCUUGGGCUCUCCGUUCUCAGUCAUCAGCUCGUCGCUGGGCUCCCCCGGCGUGCCCUCUGUGGGCUACAGCCACAUCGGAACCCCCCAGGUCAACUCCACGGUGUCAGCCUCGGGCCCGCACUCGGUCAGCAGCUCGGACGAUGUGAAGCCCCCACUGGGGCUGAAGUCCAUGUCAGCCCACAGUCCUGGACCCAUGAUGUCCCAGAAACGCCUUUGUGGCAUCUGUGGGGACCGUUCCUCUGGAAAGCACUAUGGUGUGUAUAGCUGCGAGGGCUGCAAAGGCUUCUUCAAGCGCACAGUGAGGAAGGACCUGAGCUACACCUGCAGGGACAAUAAGGACUGCCUGGUGGACAAGCGCCAGCGCAACCGCUGCCAGUACUGCCGCUACCAGAAGUGCCUGGCCAUGGGCAUGAAGAGGGAAGCUGUGCAAGAGGAGCGGCAGAGGAACAAGGAGCGGGACGGGGACAUGGAGUCCACCAGCGCCAUCAACGAGGAGAUGCCGGUGGAGAAGAUCCUGGAGGCGGAGAUGGCGGUCGAGCAGAAGACAGAGCUGCACUCUGACGGAAGCUCCGGGGCCAACUCUCCCAAUGACCCAGUCACCAAUAUCUGCCAGGCUGCUGAUAAGCAGCUGUUCACCCUGGUGGAGUGGGCCAAGAGGAUCCCUCACUUCUCAGAGCUUCCCUUGGACGACCAGGUCAUCCUGCUGCGUGCCGGCUGGAACGAGCUCCUGAUCGCCUCCUUCUCGCACCGCUCAAUCACAGUGAAGGACGGCAUCCUGCUGGCCACCGGGCUGCAUGUCCACCGGAACAGCGCUCACAGCGCCGGCGUGGGGGCCAUCUUCGACAGGGAGAGUGCGCACAGUGCAGAGGUUGGGGCCAUAUUUGACAGGGUGCUGACAGAGCUGGUCAGUAAGAUGAGAGACAUGCAGAUGGACAAGACUGAGCUGGGCUGCCUGAGAGCCAUCAUCCUCUUCAACCCAGAUGCUAAAGGUCUGUCCAACUCCAGCGAGGUGGAGCUCCUGAGAGAGAAGGUGUAUGCAUCGCUGGAGACCUACUGCAAGCAGAGAUACCCCGAGCAGCAGGGCAGGUUUGCAAAACUCCUCCUGCGACUGCCAGCACUACGUUCCAUUGGCCUGAAGUGCCUGGAGCACCUCUUCUUCUUCAAACUGAUUGGAGACACCCCCAUUGACACUUUCCUCAUGGAGAUGCUCGAGGCGCCCCAUCAGUUAACAUAGAGGGAGUUGGGGGCCGGAGCAGGAUUCUGAUCGGGGCCUGGGAAUCCACUGUGACUGUGCGUUUGGUUCUCCACCCGAGAUUUUAUUUCCCAGGUCAAUUGAGCAGUUCGCCGAACUGUUGUAUGAAAUGCAUUGGUGAGCUUUCGAGUGCACCGCGGGGUCGUCUCAGAGGAGUAGACCCAUAACCUCACCAUGAAUUUUUAACAUGCUGGUGCUUAGAAUUAAUUUUAAGUCUUAUUAAAAGGAGUACAUAUGUGUUUGAAACCUUUGGUUUGCCACUACCUCUGGUGUAUGAUUUAGUAGCUAACCAAAGCUCAAAAUCUGGGUGUACAUUUAGAAAAGAAUGAACUUAAACACCACGUGAAAGCUUUUUGGUAAAGUUGAUGUUAUGUUGCCUCCUAUAAAUGGUGCCCGUCUUUACAUUUGCCCCCCUUCACACUCUCAGAAGCAUUUUAUGACUUGUUACCAGCUUCUUUCCAAUAUCAGUAUAAGCUAUUUGUAAUUUUUAGAGUAAGUCAUCUAACACAAAAAGUCCCUUGAAGGAAGUAACCAAUAAAUAUAAAGGUAUACCUGUAUGAGAAUGUGCUCCCAACCUCAAGAGACCAGCUAACAAGCACCACUUUUCAAGGACUUCAAGGGUAGUUCUCUUAGAAAAAAAUAAUCUACAUUGUUCCUCUGGGAAAAUCAGUACAGUUUGAUGGUUAAACCCAGGGAAAGUAUUUGGGUGGACAUAAUAAGCAGGCAUCAAGUACUGUAGCUAGGCCUUAACAGGGUGAUCUAGAGAGUGUGUGAUACAUUCCCAGGGAUAUUAUGUCAACCCCUUGGGCAGUCUUUCGGAAUUGGCCUGAGGAGUCAAGCUAAAAACCUAUUUGCAGUUGUAUCCCUGCCACAAGCUACAGGGAUACACCAAUCUAUGCAUACAGCACAACACACACAGUAAGCUAUAUACAUGGGGGUGGAGCUGGCGGUAGUAACAACAUAAACAGGAAAGUUAUCAGUCAAUUCCAAAUAUGUUAAUUAUUAUGUCAAAUUAAUGCAAGUUGCAGGUUGUGUCAUUCACAUUGAGAGACCUUAACAGCAUCUACAAAUGUGCAAUGAGCUUAAUUCUCUGCCAUGUUUAUGGAAUCAUUGAGAUUUGGUGUUUGAUCACACAAAUUUAAUCUGCUUUUUACUUGAAGUGCGCUGUUUAAAAGUGCAGUCUCUCUGUAUAGAGCUAUGCACCUGCCAGUGUAAUUAACAAGAAAUCGAUAGUCAUCGAUAGUCCUCAUACUGAGGGUAAGGAGAACUAACCUAACAUUGCCACCUCAGUGAGAAAGGCAUAAAUGUGGGAACUGUUAAAAAGAAUACCAGCUUUUUCUCUGGAUUUAUCUCACACAAAAAAUAAGCUAGGUUUGACAAAACUGGUUGACUAAAAAGUUGAGACAAUACUGAUUUGUCUCUGUAAAAUGAUGUAAUGGUAAUUCUCAUUGUUACCGUAGAAACAAAUACUAAAUUUUAAAACCAGCCAACAAGGGAGUUUAACUGUUCUGUACCCAACACACUGAGAGACUGUGCACAUUGUAUAUUUGAAUUGAGGGCUUGGGGACGUUAAGCAACAUCAAAUGUCCAUACAUCCACUGAGUUGCUAUAGUUUGGUGCUGCACAACGUAAACAUUAGCAACGUGUAUGUUACCCACACAGGCAUAAUGUGUACCCGCGCACAGGCAGUUCAUACGCACAACCUCCACAGAAAUUAUGCAAGAACACGGAUGCACUCGAAUCUUUGAGUUUUGCAGAGUUUUUGAAAUCGGAGGGUCAGUAUAGUCGGCCAUCUGUGCUGGAAAGUGAACACUCCAGUGUGUAAUUUUUACAUGGAAUUUUAUUAGGUACAGUACAGUCCUAAUGGAGUUGUUCAGGGAACAUACUGUGUGUUAUGAGGUACAAGUCCUAAAAAAGAAUGAACCAGGUGACCGGUCUGGUAUGUGUGUGAAUGUGUAUGCAUUUUCUAUUGUUCAGCUUGUAAUAGAGAGCCAGGAAAGGCUGCCAUUGCACAGCAUUUUAAGGGAGUCCACAUUUUACCAACCCCAGGCUCCGUGGAGCAGGGUGUUUACCAAGGACUCCAGUUGUAGUGACUCUGCUUCCCAUUCAUUCAGCUGUGGAUACAUUAUUGUUUUCUUCUGUCUUCCAUAAUUUGGAUUUGUUCUGCUUGUCAUAUCUGAAGUUAACUUGCUUUACAAUGACUUUGUUCUCUGUCCUAGCUUAUAAUAUAUCAGACAAAAUCCUUACCAUACCCACACAUACCCACAAGAUGGGCAUAAACAUAUUAAGUAUGCAUCACAUCUGAUGGGUUAUGUAAGAUGAUAAUGUACGAGUCUUGCAGGCAGGUUUUUAACAAAUACGCUGUUUGUAUGUGUGCGCAUAUUAUCAAUAUACCAUGAAUGCGUUGCAGCAUGGAUUGGGAAUGUGUCCUAAAAGCAGCAAAACUGAUGAAACUAGGUGAUCUCACCAUGGAUGUUGUCGUUCUGUUAUGUGAAAUGUCUUUGUAAUUAUUGUAUUCAGUUCAGACUUGAGGUGGAUGAAACAAUGUUAUGCAAGUUUCAUUGAAAGUACGCUAAGCCUAGCAGACAUCCCACUUUCAGCAGAAAACCUUGAAUUUGUGUGCUGUUUUUGUUUCCUUUCUAACAUAUAAAAAAUAAAAUUAUACAUUUAUGAAAAAUGUGGCUUUUGCAACAAGCUAACACUUGAAUAGAAUCUCAUGUUUGGAUUGCCAUUAAUUGGCUCAGUGAAAAUGCUGAACAUUGAUUGUGUUUGAUUGUUCUGACUGCUCUGCUAACCUGUCUUUAUUCAGGAUCACUGAGUAACUGCAAAACAGUUUUUUCAGCUGUUAAACAUUUUGGAUUUCGUUUAGCUUUUUUCUCAGUUAUUUUCAUUGUUCUUCUUUUUUCAUCAUUGUAUUUCUUCCUCAGUCUAACUGAGGACAUUACUUUUUUGUGUGUAUUUG